AUGACAUCCGUGGCAUCCCUUGAAAAUACUACAUUCAUUCGUCCCCCUACAUUUUACAUCAGUGGAUUGUACAACGUGCCGCAUACAAAAUAUUACUAUAUGUUUUUGUGCUUUGUGUACGCUGUGACUAUUUUAGGGAAUUCUUUUAUAAUGGGUACUAUAUACCUGGCACGCACUCUGCACACAGCAAAGUAUAUAGCUGUCUUCAACUUGGCCUUGUCUGAUCUGGGUGGAAGCUCUGCUAUUAUUCCUAAGUAUGCAGACAUGUUUCUGAGUGAGAACCAGUACAUACCUUAUGAGGACUGUCUGACAAGCAUGUUCUUUGUUUUUCUUUUUAUGACCAUGCAGUCCUUUACUCUGCUUUCUUUGGCCUUUGACAGAGUAAUUGCUAUAUGUUUUCCUCUGAGGUAUCAUGCUAUUGUCACCAAAACCACAAUGAGUCUGAUCAUUGGUGUUUUGUGGCUUAUCUCUGUAUUUCUUGUUACCAUCCGUUUGGUUCUGAUUGGCAGACUGUCCUUCUGUAGAUCUACCAUAGUUUACAGUUAUUUCUGUGAUUAUUUCCCCAUCUUCACACUAGCUUGUAAUGAUAAUUCUCCUAAUUACGCCUUGGCUUAUGUCAACGUUUCUGUUCUGCUUUGCAUUCCAUUGAUGCUAAUAGGUUUUUCAUAUGUUUGUAUUGGUGUUGCUCUGUGUAAGAUCUCACAAGGUGCUGAACGAAUCAAAGCUAUGAAAACCUGCACAUCUCAUCUCAUAUUAGUGGCCAUGUUUUAUCUACCAAUCAUUAGCGUUUAUAUUAGUGCUCAUACAACAUACAUACAUCCAAACACUAGAAUAAUCAACUCCGUUCUAACACAAAUAAUUCCACCCAUGUUAAACCCCAUCAUAUAUACUCUGAAGACAGAGGAGGUAUUGCAGUCUAUUAAAAUACUCUACAAACGAAUGAAGGUGAACUUUGCAAUGGAAGAUCCUGUGAAAAACAUUGUGAAGAAUUAA